AUGAAGUCAUCGGAGAUCGAUCAGGAAUUAUUUACAGAAAGUUACUGUAGGGUAUGCAGCGCUCAGCUAAUAUCGGAAUCGCAACGCGUGGCUCAUUACGAGAGUCGGAAACAUGCAAGCAAAGUUCGGCUUUACUACAUGCUCCACCCGAUUGACGGAGGCUGUCCCGCCAAGAAGCUUCGGUCGGAAAAUGGUAGUGAUGAUGACUCGGUGGAUAAGAACAAGUGCUGUACACUCUGUAACAUGUCGUUUACUUCAGCAGUUGUGGCUGAGUCACACUACCAAGGGAAAAUCCAUGCCAAAAGAUUAAAACUCUUGCUAGGAGUGCAGCCAACUUUAAAAGCUACUGAAACCAACCUGAGUUCUCUCAAGCAGCCACAUGUGGACAGCUCUCCAGCAGUGUCACCUCCCCAUCAGAGAAGAGAUUCUGACAGGUAUUGCCAGCUCUGUGCAGCUUGGUUUAACAACCCCAUGAUGGCACAGCAACACUACGAUGGAAAAAAGCACAAAAAGAAUGCAGCCAGGGCUGAUCUACUAGAGCAGCUAGGAAAGACCUUGGACCUAGGCGAGGUAAGAGGUCUGAAGCGGACGUAUACUUGCAACAUCUGUAACGUCACUCUAAACUCAAUAGAACAGUAUCAUGCACACUUGAAGGGCUCGAAACAUCAAAACAA